CUUUUUUUGCUUUUCAUAGUACUUUUGUUGUUUAACGCAGAAUAACGCGGAAUACAGAAACUGCCCUAGUAAGAAUCUGAGAAUUGUGCAACAAAAUCACCACAAAAUUUUAAAAAGUCCUAUGUGGUCAUUGUAUAAGGAUUGACUCACAAAUUUGUGGAUUUGUACAAACAAGGGACUGUUUCUAAAUUAAGUUAAUUCGUGAUAACUCCCUUUGUCUUGGGAAAUGGCCAAAAAAAGUACAUUCUCCAAAGCAAAUAAGGCUAAUAAAAUAAAAAAGGAUUCAAAGAUCGCUGAACGAGAACCUUUGCUAAGAAGAAUAUUUAAAAAAAACGAUAAGAAUCGGACCAGAUUUAAGAAAAAUGACGGGAAAAAAAAAUUAGAAUACCCUGACGAAUUAGAAGUGAACAAUAACUUUAGCCUUUUGGAACAGGAACAGGAGGAUAUUAAAAGAGAAAAUGCGGUGUCUGAGCGAUCUGAACAUCAAAGCAAUACCAGUGAUUCCUCAAAGCCAUCAAUGAACCAUCCAGGACGAGUCGAUCCUUUAGAAACCUUAGAAAAGUUAGAUCUUCCGGAAGAAGCAAUUAAAAGAGGAGCACCAUCAAUUUUGCUAGGUUUAAAUAAGCUAGAUGGGAAGACUGAAAAGCAAGCACCAGAACCAAAAAAUGCUGUGGAAGAGAAUGCAGAUUAUAUCGGUUUUGAUUGGGAUAGUGAAGAAGACGAGAGUGGUUCUUCGAAAAAGGAAGCCAAUGCUGCAGAAGGUAAUGACAUACCUCGCUUUAUGCAAAACAAUGGUCGGUUUUUCCAUGAGGCUGGUAAACAAGAUGAGAGUACAGGCAGAAAGAGAAAGCGUAUGGCGUACGAAAUUGAUCCUAGCUCUUGUCCUUGGCAUAGGCCUUACAAAGUAGAUACUGAGGUGUCUCGCCUUUUGCAUCAGGAUAUCACUCAAUUCGUUGACUAUAUCACGCCGACGCCGGAGGAGCACGCUGUCCGGAAGUCUUUAAUUUCACGGAUAAAUAGCGCAGUUUUGAAAAAAUGGCCAGAUGUUUCCGUUUAUGUAUUUGGCAGUUUUGAAACACGACUCUAUCUUCCUACCUCUGAUCUUGAUAUGGUAAUCAUGUCCUCAGAUUACCAUUACCGUGGAACCAAAAAAGACAUGUAUAUUUUGGCCCAUCAUCUGAGAAAAUGUAAAGUGGCUACAGAAAUACAAGUCAUUACUACUGCUAAUGUACCUAUUAUCAAAUUUGUGGAUCCAAUAACAAGAAUCCAUGUCGAUGUAUCUUUCAAUCAAGCGGGUGGGCUCAAGACUUGCUUGGUAGUCAACGGUUUUUUGAAGAAAUUUCCUGCCCUUCGCCCUCUUGUAAUUAUCAUAAAACAUUACCUAAACAUGCGUGCUUUGAAUGAAGUAUUUUUGGGUGGUCUUAGCAGUUAUGCUAUCGUUUGUUUAGUAGCCUCGUUUCUUCAACUUCAUCCGAGAUUAAGUACUGGCUCUAUUCGCGAAGAAGAUAAUUAUGGCGUUUUACUUUUAGAGCUUCUGGAGCUUUACGGUAAGCGCUUCCAUUAUGAUGCUGUCGGUAUCGCCGUUCAUAAUGGUGGAUUUUAUUUUUCUAAGAAAAAGCAAGGGUGGCUAAGACCAAACCAACCCUACCUGUUAUCUAUUAUGGAUCCUGUUGAAUUUACUAAUGAUGUAUCGAAGUCUAGUCGAGGACUGCUACGUGUAAAAGCCACCCUGGGUAAUGGGUUUGAUUUAUUAACAAACGAACUGUUUACACUUGCUUCUAGGAUAGAGCGAGAGGGUGCGCGUAAAGUAAGCGAUUUUCCUAGUAUCUUAGGCUGUAUCAUAUCAGUCGAUGAAGGUGUCCGUAAACAUAGAAUUCAUAUGUUGAACUGUUUCAACGAACAUCCUGUUUCGUUGGAGCCGAUGGUCGAUGUUGAACAACUUUCCAGUAUUGAUGUUGAUAACGUUCCUACGGAUAAUGUGGAUUUACAGUUUGUCGAAGAUGAAUCUGAUUCAGAUGAGGUAGAACAGGAGACUGAUGAAUUAAUAAAAAAAAAGGGGUUAAGCAGCAGUGAAGAGGUUGACCAGAACAAGCGACUGUCGGAUGCUCCGGUAACAUCUGCUGACUCUUUAAAAGAUCCUCGUGUUAACGCAAAAGAUUUAUUUAAUAUCGACGAAGACAGUUCGGAAGGGAGCGACAAAAACAAGGAUGAGCGUACAUACGACUUGCAAAGAUCUGAUGAAGAAGAGUCACGCGCGACAAAAGUGAGAAAGAAAACUCGGUGAGUGUUGGUAUAAAUGAAAAAAAAACUAUUGCGCUUUAGGUUAAGAAAAUUGGUUUUUUUUUUGGGGAUAGACGUUACUUAAUGAG